CGCGUACUUGCUAUUUUCGGAUGAAGGUAACAUCUUCUCUUGGUGAGCAUUUUUUUAUAAGAAGCAAUUGACGAUGUCGCAAUUUUACCAUUCCCUCUCGGUCCCUUGCAUCUCCUGGCUUAUUGAUUAGGUCUCCAUUCCCUUCACUCAUUAAGCGUCAUCUCUCGCUGCUCUUCAAACAUAACCCGCCCGCAUAUACCUCAAUCCAUCUUAUACCCAUCCAACAUGUCCUCAAUAACCCUCCGUAUAGUAUCCCUCUGGGUCAUCCUCUUUUCAAUUUCUGCAAUGGUUGCAGCGUCACCCGCUCCAAUAGAUCCCAAGCUUGCAUCAGUCAUCACGAGCAAUAUGAAUCUGAAUUGUGGCCAGAGCUGUCAGGACUUCAGGGGCACCCAACAACUGAAUAAGAAUUUUGCCUUGGCGUCUGCAUCGAAGUCGAAUCCAUUUGUACUUGGAGCUAUACUGCUAGUUUGUGGCGUUUUGGUAGGAUAAAUGAGGGCAUACCGUUACGAAGUGACUUCCAAGUCGGACCUUGACAUUUUGAUGUAUUAUACUCAGUGCAGUCGAUGUAACAGUAAAGCAUCAGUACUGUUUCUAAUUAUUUGAUCACUUAA